UUUACUUUUCUCGGCCGAGAAUAUGUCUUCCUGGUUUCGUGAAACAGUGCUCUGCCUUCCCCUUUAAAUGUAUUUUGGACCAAUGUAAAAGUUGUGGUCAUGGGAUUAAAAUAUCUAAAACGAUUUAUUGAGGAAGAUUCAUUUAUAAGGGAAUCCUUGUAAUUCCGAAGCGUUUCAACGCGGCAGCCCAGUAAACUUUCAUUCUGUUGAGCUGCUCUGACUCGUCUGCCGGUGUUAAAGCAGGAGACCUGGCUGUGGAAUGGCUUUGCUGACCUUGCACAGAACGCCAUCUAUUUGCACGACACCGGAUGAGCCUAUCCCAAGACGAGGAAGACUUCAGAAAAGAGAAAGUUUCGCCCUGGUAAAGGGGGCAGUGCUCCUGGUGGAAGAGGGAGAGAGGGAGGGAUUACAUGAAGAAACCGUACCCCCUCUACUUGGUCCUAGGCAAGGAGGCCGAGCCUCUGACACUCAGCGCAGACAUUUGCAUGCAAUGAUUUCGUUACUACGACCAGAGGACACAGUCAAACUGGCUGUGCGUUUGGAGUCGUCGAGCCCAGUCAGAUUGAGAUAUUUGCUUAUAGUAGGCACACUUGACAAAAAACAGGAGAGCCUACUACUUGGCAUGGACUUUCCAGGCUCAAACAGUGAGGAGUGCACUGUUGGUCUUGUCUUGCCAAUAUGGAGUGACACACAGGUUUACCUAGAUGGAGAUGGAGGUUUCAGUGUGACAUCUGCAGAAGUGACACGAAUCUUUAAGCCUGUGUCCAUUCAGACGAUGUGGUCAGUGUUACAGGCACUGCAUGGCUGCUGUGAGCGGGCAGUGCGUGGAGCUGUCAUACCUGGCUGCGGGCUGGAGUGGGCACAACAUUACAGAGAACAUGUGGAAUCUGACCAGCACUGCCUUAAUGAAUGGGGGGCUAUGACUGGCCUGGAGUCAGUCAGGAAGUACACCGUAGGAAAUUCAGCAUCCAAUCGGGAGUCAGUGGAGAGGGAGAUCAAAGCCCAACUUCGAGAAAUCAUGAGAACUGAGGACUUGGAAAACAUUACCUCAAAGCAGGUGCGAACAGCCCUGGAGUCCAGAAUAGGCAUAGACAUGAAGGACUACAAGGAGUAUAUUGACAACGAGAUGAUGGUCACGAUGGCGCAGAUGGACAAACCUUCCAGAAUAUUGGACUACCUUUACUUGGGUUCAGAAUGGAAUGCUGCCAACUCUGAAGAACUACAUAAGAACAAUGUGGGCUACAUCCUGAAUGUUACCAUGGAGAUUGACAACUUUUUCCCAGAAUGCUUCACCUAUAUGAAUAUUAGAGUUUACGAUGUGGAGGCGACCGACCUACUCUCACACUGGAAUAACACAUACACGUUCAUCAGUGAAGCAAGGAAAAGUGGACAGGCUGUACUGGUGCAUUGUAAGAUGGGCGUCUCUCGCUCUGCCUCCACAGUAAUUGCUUUCCUGAUGAAGCAGCAGGGCUGGACUUUAGACCAAGCCCUCAUCCACGUGAGAGAAAGACGGCCUAUAGUGCAGCCCAACGAAGGUUUCCUCAAACAGCUGCAUACGUAUAGUGGCAUCCUCAGUGCCAGUAAACAGCGCCACAGUGCCCUCUGGAGGAGGAAGUCCAAGCCAGAUGUCCGUCAGCCGUCUGUCCACAACGAAACAGCCACAGGGAGUGAACAUGAACAGAAAGAGGAAGAAUCAGAGAGCCCAGAAGAAGAGGAAAGCAGUGAAGAGGAGACAGAUGUCUUUGAGCAGUUUGACGAGAGUAUUCCUGAUACACAUGGGGCAGAGACAGCCACAUCCAACCCACUUAUUACCAUUCAAGAAAGUGAUAAGGUGUCAUCCAGCCCCAACAGAAGUGGCAGGAUGGAUUUGUUUUCUCUUAUGCAGUCUAUUCAACUUGACGAUGAAGACAGAGACAGGAUUGAUAAAGAGAGAUAUUCUCCUGCGCAACGAAGGCGGAGUCACGGAAGAAGGGGCUUGACUCAUCAGAAAACACAUGUUGAUGUUUCCCCUGGACCAAGCUGCAGACAGUCACAGAACACAAACCAGGAUGAAGCCGGUCUCUGAAGCGCUUAAAAAAGGGGUCGUGUUAAGAAAUAUGGAGAGGCAGGAAUUAAAAAGUGAUAAGGUGAGGAAAGGGAUCACAAAUUAGUGAUGCUAAUAUAAAGGACACUCUUGCACACAAGUUUUAGCCUUCUGAUUGUAUCAUUCCAAGUUCUUUAAAGACUCAGAGGGAAUCUGUUCAUAUAGUUGCUGUAUUUUUAGAUAACUUCGCUUGGAGGCAACACACAAAAGCACAUGGUUACAUAUCAAUAGAUAUCUUACCAAUUUUCCCGUACCUGCCCAUCUAGCCCAAAACUCUUAAUCUGUGGUCAGUUUCAGUUGGAUUGUUAAAAAAAUAUCUACAACAGCUGGUUUCUGUCAGCACAUCCAUUGUCAAGGGAGUAUUGAUAAAGGAACCGUUUUCCUCAGAGCAUUAUCAUUAUAAUUGUCACGUUGUGCCUUUUGAUAUUUCUGUAUCCUUUGCACCUUCAUACUGAGCCAUAAAAUUCAGUUUACUUCACAGAUUUUAAUA